AACACAACUUUUCAACGCAAAACUUGGCUCUACGCCGCGCUGAUGAAGUUUGCAAACAUUGUCAUUGGAGAACUGGCGCAGGGGUUUCUCAAGUUUCUUGAGCAAUGGCAGAAGUCAGCUGCCUGGAGAUGGAGAUUGUGAUCAUUAUCGGACACAACUCGUGGCAUUGUGCACCCUGCCAGGCCAGGUUCUCGGGACAGACCAGCAUUGACCACCACAUCUGGAGUAAACACAAACAUGUUUUUGGCUCCCUUGAUGUCACAUUCUCAAGGAACCAAGCAAACUUUCCAUUGUCUUCCCUGGAUGGAAAGCAGAAGAUCAGGGACUUUGUGGGUGCAAAUCUGGCCCCCACCUGUGAUGGAUUACCAGAAGAACCAACGUCCAUUUUGGCAGGUCAUUCUGAGAGCCAGGAAGAGACAAACUUGGAUCAAGUUCCCUGUCUGGCUGGCGGCGCUUUGAUGGCAGGGGUGUGCAACAUAGAGCCGUUCUCUUUCACAGAAGUUACCUCCUCGGGGAGGCUGAACGGUCUGUACGACUCCGUAGAGAGUCAGGGAGGUUUUUGUCAUAUGGGUCAUGGUGUUCACUUGAAGGACCCAGUCAUCACCUCAGCGGGCAUGUCACAACACCCAACUCUGUGUCAGCCUGAUGGGUCUGUUGUUCUUGCUUUAAAGUCGGCGAAUAAUGGACUGCAGAAUGCUAAGGAUUCAUAUUCUGGUCUCGUUGAGCAACAUGACUCAAACAUUCUCGCAAACAAAAGCUGUCAUGGGUUGUAUAAUUGUAGGGGUAGAAAUGUUUCAUCAAGUAAUUGCCUGAGUGGAUCUGGUGAAGACAGCGAGUUCAGCAGUGAAGAAGAAACAAGCACGGCCAUCAGUUGUGUGCUGGAUGCUCUAGAGAGGUGCAUGGACUCUGACAGAAGCCUGGGUGUCCUUCAACACUUGGGUGCUUUCAUGUCUCCUGUGUGUGACACGCCAACAGCUGACAAUGUCCUCCCUAACUCUCAUUCGUCUGUGUCUACUGUGUGUUUUGCUGAACGUCAUACAAAAGAUGGUCUUGAUACAGUUUAUGAUGUCCUUUCGCAAACCGGUGGUGACCGAAAGUACAAUGACACACAUCACUCAGUGCCAGUCUCUGUGGAUACUGUUCACCAGAUGGGAGUGGGGUGGGGGAAUUGUGGCCUGGAGCCUGCUGCAUCUAUCAUGUCUCUUCGUGAGGCCAACAGUUGCCACUUGGAUUCUUCGACUGACUCGCUGACCAGUACUGGAAGCUGGAAGGAUGACACGGAUAAGGAAGAUGUUCUGAGAUCUGUGAUAAAUGUGUUCAGAAACUAUGUGAGUUUUUCAGUGGGUGCUUGCUCUGAGAUGAGGGAGCGGCCAGCGGGUGAGGACAAAGAGGGGAAGGUUAUUGACCUGCCACAGCGAGGGGAAGAUGUUCAAGGCCAUGAUGAUCUUUGUUCUAGGUUGUUGAUGGAUGUUAUUUCUGAAGACUUGGAGCACUGGGAUCACAGAGACAGCCAUACCUCGCCACACAUGAACAAUUCUGCUGAUAUUUGUGACAAUUCUCCAUCUGACUGCAUUUCUAAACUUUCUUCAUGGGAUGUUGAUAGCAUCAGUAAGCCAAGAGACAAAGUGUCAACGACUGCUACUAGUAUUAAUGACAAUGUUGACAAUUGCAGUGUUUCAGUAAAUAGUACUCAAGAUAAUACUGUGGCAAGAACUGCCAAAUCUGUGACAUUAAAAACUGUAGAGAAACGAGAGAAAGAAGUUGAUAGCUCAACUCCUGGUAGAACAAACUUUUUGAUACUCGGUGAAUGUUCAGAAGAUUUUGAUUUGAAAUCUUGGCCCACUUCAAAGAGGAUAAAAAUAGCACAAGGAACAAUUGAGAGACAAGAAAGCACCUCCAAAGGGUCGCGGGUGAAAUCGUCCACUGCAAAACAGUCUGUCGGUAGAAAGCAAUCCGCAAAAAGCAAAAAUAACAGGAUGUCUCAAGCAAAAAGCGUGACGUCUAAUGAGGUGAAGGUGAAGCCUUUCCCGUCCAAGCUAGCCCUGAGGCCAGGUACACGCGAUCAGUCCUGGCCACACAUCACUACAGCUGAUGAUGUCAAAGACUUGUCUGGAGUCCUGGCAGGAGCUGGGAGUCUGCGGACAGUCACAGGAGAAGGGAUAAGCUCAAAGCAUUUUGGCAACAAACUGAAGAAGAAGGAUGACAAGGCUGCUGAAGGAGGUUCUGAUGCUGUCUUAUCUGGUUGCCAGGCUCCUAAACCUGAUGGGAAGGCUGCUAGUGUCAAAGUGAACCCUGCGAAGGGAAAGAAGGGUUCACGACUCAAUGCAGCGGUGUCCAGAAAGAAGAAAGAUGGAGCAGAAUCCUCGGACAAGUGGAAAGUUUGCUCUGUGUGUGACAGACGAUUUUCUACUGUUGGAGCCCUCAAUCGUCAUUUGAAGGUGAAUGCUGGCUCCAGUGGCAUCUGCAAGUGCAAGGUGUGUCACCGCAAGUUCCACAGUCUGUUCCAGCUGAACCUCCACGUGUACAAAUGUCACGAGACAAAGGCCAAACCGACGUGCUUCAAGUGUAACUCCCAACUGGCCCAUGUGCGUGGCCUGGCGCAGCAUCUACAGAAACACCAUGGUUGUCUGAUGAACAAGUCCCAGAACACGCCGACCAAAAGUCGCACAUUCAAGUGUGUCAUCUGUGGCGUGUACAUCCUCAACCAGCCCAGCAUUGUCGCUGCACACCAGCGCAAGCACGCCACGACUCGUCCGUUCCAGUGUGGUCAGUGCCAGGCACGUUUCCUGACACGCAGCUCCCUGAAGGUGCACAUGGCGGCCCACACAGGCCGGAUGUUUGAGUGUGACCUGUGCGGUCUGCUGUUUAAGAACAAGGCGAGCCGCUACUACCACAAGCUCACCCAUCAGAGCUUACGUGGGGACUUCCUCUGUCAGGUCUGUGGUCAGCAGUUUGAAUUUCAGCACAAGCUCUUGGCUCAUGUGAAGAUUCAUUCCAAGGAGAAAAAGGAGAAGCCAUCGCACAGCUGUGUGGAGUGUGGCAAGGUGUACAAAAGCAAGAAAAACCUGAAGCGCCAUGUGAGUGUGGACCAUCAGGGCAUCAAGGACUACCAGUACAAGUGUGAACACUGCCACCAACAGUUUUUCUCUAGCUGGCAGCUGCGAGACCACAUCGCCUGGAGACAUUUUGGGGAGAAACCAUACCACUGUCUGAUCUGUGGACAGGGCUUUGUGUGUAAACCGACCCUUGUGCGACAUCAGAGGAAAGUACACACCGGAGACAAACCACACAGCUGCCAGUAUUGUGGUGAGAGGUUUCUGGAGAAGCACAAGCUGGAGCUGCAUGAGGUAAAGGCCCACACCCGCGUGUACCCGCUCCACUGCCCUCACUGCAACAAGGGCUUUGUUCGAGCCGCGGUCCUCAAGUGUCAUCUGCGCACCCACACGGGCGAGCGACCCCACCUGUGCAGCAUUUGCGGCAAACGCUUCCAGAAGUCGAACCACUUGACACGGCACAGCAAGGUGUGCGCCAAGAAGAACGCGGCCGUCUCGGCCGGCAGUGCCAGCAGCUACAUGUAUGACAUCGGCAGUCUGCCUGACGCGACACUGACGGCACAGCUGCCACAGGUCAUCACCACCUACCUGUCGGCGCCGGGCGGAGGGAAUGCCAGUAUCUUACAGCUCACCUCCUCCCUGCUGGAACACACGUGUUGACACACAUGUAUCUAGAACACACAUGUUGACACACCUGUAUCCAGAGCACAUGUGUUGACACACCUGUAUCAACAACACAUGUGCUGACUCACAGAACACACGUGCUGACACACCGGUAUUUAGCUAGCAUCGCACAAUUAAGGGGCCUUCCAGUGUCAGCAUUUGGUUUUGGUGGAGACAUGCUUUAACAUAACCCAUAUACAGGGUUCCCGCGACCUCCUUGAAUUCAAGGAGUCCUUGAAAACUGCUUGAAUUUGCAUUCAAGGAAAAAUCUCCUUGAAAACCCCUUGAAUUUUGCCAGAUCGGACAGGAACACAGGGUGACUGCCAGGCCGCGGGAUCCCGGGUGCCCCUGAGUUCAUUUUUGCUGGUCGCGAUUGUGAUAUAGGCCUACUAUUCAUUCGGCUUUUCCCGGCCCGAGAGUAUGUUACCCGCUCACUGGCGGUUAUGGCGGCAACUAGUGGAAGUGUAUGUGCGAUACCGAAGCUCGAAUGGGAAAAUCAGGGUCUGCUUUCGUUUACGCCCAGAAAUUUGCCGGUGGGGCCUAUAGUAGUCUGAUAACGCCACAUUUGUAACAUGCUGGUUCUGCAUUACAAACGCGGUGAAAAUAAAUCAUUUGUCCUGUGCUGUCGCUUGUGAAAACAAAAGAAAGGGGAAAAAAAUUAUACAAGCUUCUUGUUGGGCUCGCCAUCGUGACUGGUCAUUUAACCUGUGCGUUUUCGUCACAUCGUGAGUAUCGGCGAAGGUUGAGGUCACCAAAGUUCAUGCAAAGUCUGAGCCCUACGAAGUAUAGGACUCGGGAAUGUGGAUAUUAUUGAUUUUUUUUUAAAGGCGCAUGCGGGGGAGGGGGUUGGCGGGAUGGGGUUGAAGGAAACACUGGAUGACAAAAACUGAACUUGGAAGCAGAUUUUACUUUCCGGAAUUUUGAUUGCUAUUAGAUCUAAAUCUAGAUCUUCAUCUCUCUGCAAAGCGCGUGUUGGUGCAGGACUUGUGGAAUCAGUAUCUGUCUCACUCAAACCUUGUAAGUCGGGUUUUUUUUAAACUUAAGGGUUCCCGUUUCAUUGGGCAGGUGAUAGUAAAUUAUAUGCAUUGUACUAUAUUCAAUAUUUUAGUUUUCUGUUCAAGAUUCGCAGAUUUUCAGUGUCACUGCAUCUUGCCCUCCCACAGUUCUUACUCCUCUCACACUG